AUUUGUGUCGCCAACACGCCGGUGCGGUUGGCAAGAAACUGGCCAGACGAAGUUGUGUCGUCUGUGCGUGUACGCUGCUGCUGGUUCGCGCAGCUUGUUCUUCGUAGAUCCACGCUAGUUUCGUUUGCGUUCAAGAUGAUCACGAAGACUCACUACGUGUAGCGAUCCAGUUACACAUCAUCGACGCUGUCGUCUUCUUCGAGCGGAUCCAGAUCCAGCAACUCCGCGACCGGGCGGACUACAUCUGCGCACAGCCAGAGUGCACCGAAGAACAGCGCCAGGAGAUCGAGUUUCUUCUGUUCAAUGUGACGGCCUUACGCUACUCAACCCUGGGGAGCGGGGCUGGUUGCACAGUGUUGAAACAAGAUCCAGAGAAAGGCACACCGAUUGGCGGCAUUUGCAGCAAGACCGCGUGCUCAAUUUCGAUGGGUGUUGCCGAGCACAAAGCGUACACAGAUCCCGCCUGCGAAUUGAAAGACGACACAGUAGCAAUGGAGAGAUUUGUAGAUGAUUCGGGUGGCAUGAGUAGCGUUUUCUGUACUCCCUGCACCGACGAACUGAUGACCGAAAUGUCUUCAGGCGUCGAAGUAGAACUUGACAGGAAACUGCUGCCACGCGAAGACAGCACGAACACGCAGUACAUGCGAUGGCUCCACUAUGAUCUGAAUGCAAAAAUCCGACAGACGGACAAACGGAUACAAAUCGAAGCAGUUCUAAAAUCCAAGCCAUUGCAGACGAAGUUUCGCACCAAUUCAGACAUACAGUACUACACAGGGAUCUUUCGAAGCCGCAUGCUUUCAACGCUACGCGACGCAACAAUAACACAGAGCAGCAAGAUCAUCCGUCUUCUUGGUGAGCUGCUUCAAUGGAUUGAGAACAAAUUCAACUUCAAAAUCUUACGAACUAUUCUGCACAGCGUCGCCCGGUCUUCUCUAGUUGGUUACCCUAGUAGCCUAAAAGUCAUCAGGCUGGCAACUUCUCUUCUUUCCGUUUGUAACGAAAAACCAGAACCACAAAUAAAGCCCUACAUCCUUACCAUCAUGCCGUCGAAACAUGGCAAGGACAGCGACGGCUACUGGAGCAGUAGCAACCAGUGGUACGAACGUGCCCCGAAAACGGAAGAAGAGCAACGGUUUGCGGACUACUACCAGGUCCAGAAGAUGUCCGACUACAUUCGGGCAAACGAGAAGAAGAUCCAGGAAGAGAAGCAACAGAAAGAACGUGUCGAGAAGUGCACCUCCUUGGCCGGCGCAAUUUCCGAAGGAAUCGAGAAGAACAUUGGCAGUACUGGUGGCAGCAAGAGCGGCGACUUCAUGAUCACCAAAGAACAACUACAGCAGCAGUUCAACCAGUUCGGCGAAGCGCUCGCCGCUCGCUCCCAGCAGGAGAAGGAGCAGCUGCGCACCGAAUUCCGCGGCGAAAUCCAUACGGCCGUCAACGCUGCCGUGACCGGGAUCGUCGGGCAGAUGCAGACGGGGUUUACCGCCAUCACCGACACGUUGAACCGCAUGCAGCAGCAGCGCGCUGCUGGUGCUGGCAUGGCGGGCGUGCCGCCGUAUGGAGGAGGGUACUAUGGUGGCCCAGCCCCGGCCCCGGGACCGCCGAUUGGUAUCCCAGUCCCGGGACCGCCAGCUGGUGGUGCUGCAGGAGGAGUUGCUGCGGGUGGCCCCGUCCCCGCCGGUGGUGCAGGUGGUGUCCCAGCUGGAGGUGGUGGUCCCGCCCCUGCCGGAGGUGCCGGAGGAGCAGGUGGCAUCCCAGCCGGAGGUGGCGCUGGCUCCCGCGCCCGGCCCGAUCGGAGGCGCAGGUGGUGCCGGAGGAGCAGGUGGUGGCCCCGCCCCAGCCCCAGCUGCCGGUGGUGCAGGAGUCGGCGGAGUUCCCGUGCUGGCGAUGGUCGGCCAAGCGAACGACGGAACCUUGAUUCAGUACACGGUCGAAGACGUCAACAACAACACGAACAAGGUCCGGCUGUAUGA